AUCGCAAACGCUACGUGAUGUACAAGAUGCCCGUUAGCAAGCAGGACGCCCACCGCGCACUCGAACUGCUCGAGGACUAUCACGGCAAGCUGACGAAGCCAAACGACAAGGCACUGAAGCAGGCCAUCGAGAAGGUGAUCCGCAUCUUCAAGAGCCGGCUUUUCCAGGCGCUGCUCGACAUCCAGGAGUUCUACGAGCUGACGCUACUCGACGACUCGAAGACGCUGCAGCAGAAGACGCUUGAGACGCUGCAGAUCGCGCAGAAGUGGGAGAAGGAGCAGCCGAUACGCUCGCUCAUCGCCUCGCUCGAGAAGACGCGGCAGGAGUCGCUCGACGACGCCUCGUUCCCGCCGCCGCCGCCUCCGAUCGCUCACGACCCCACCUCCGCCGUCAUCGCCGCGGCGACAAACAACCACACGCUCGCGUCGUCGACGCCGCCGCCACCGUCGCCCGUCGACGAGCCACCGUUCACGAUGCCGUUCAUCCGGCGCGCGAAAACGCCGAGCAUCGACCUGCUCGACUCGCCCGAGCAGCAGCUUCCACAUCCGAUCGUCGGCGACGACGGCGACGAGGACGACUGGGAGCGGGAGGAGAUGUCACUGGAGCGCGGCAGCACGGGGCUGGGCUUCAGCAUCGCCGGCGGCACCGACAACCCGCACGUCGAGAACGACCCAAGCAUCUACAUCACCAAGCUGAUCCCCGGCGGCGCGGCAGCCGUCGACGGACGCCUGCGCGUGAACGACAUCAUCGAGCGCGUGAACGACGCCGACACGCGCAUCGUCCCGCACGCCGCCGCCGUCGAGGCCCUGAAGCGCGCUGGUGCCACCGUGCACCUCAGCAUCCGGCGGCGGCAGCGACCCGCCGACAGCGAGGUCAUCGAGCUCGUCAAGGGAACCCGCGGGCUUGGCUUCAGCAUCGCGGGCGGCAUCGGCAACCAGCACGUGCCCGGCGACGACGGCAUCUUCGUGACGAAGAUCAUCGAGGGCGGUGCGGCGCACCUCGACGGCCGCAUGCAGGUGAACGACCGGCUGGUGUGUGUCGGUGAGCGCACGCUCGAGGGAAUCACGCACGAGGAAGCCGUCUCCAUCCUGAAGGCCACCGCAGACCGCGUCCUCCUCAUCGUCGCCAAGGGCAACGGAGGCUGCGGCAGCGGUGCGGAUGCCGACGACUGCGCGCCUCCGCCGCCACCGAUCGUCGCCGCGACGCCGCCGCCGGAGUACGACGGGCUGUAUUCGCCACACAAGCAGGCAGGAGGAGGAGGAGGAGGAGAGAAGGCGUGUGUCGGCUUCAAUGCGCCGCUCGCUCAGCAGGAGGAGAAUCGCAGCAGCGGGAAGUCCUACGCCGCCGCUAAACAGGAGCCGCUGCACGUCGUACGCUUCGACACCGAGCCGCGCCAGAAGGUUGCGCCGGCGUCGUCUGGCGCAUCGUCGCCGUGCGCGCCGCCGCACCUCACCAAGCUGAAGCCCGUCGCGCUGCCGAUCAUCCGCACGACCCGCGACUCGUUCGACGACCUCGACGUCGCCGGCUGCGGCAACGGCGGCGGCGGCGGCGGCGACCUGUCGGACCUCGCGACGCCAGUGAGCGACGACGGGGAGAUGACGCGCGAGCCGCGGCGCGUCGUGCUGUCGCGCGGCGCGUCCGGCCUCGGCUUCAACAUCGUCGGCGGCGAGGACGGCGAGGGCAUCUUCAUCUCGUUCAUCCUCGCCGGCGGACCGGCCGACCUGAGCGGCGAGCUGCGGCGCGGCGACCAGAUCGUGUCGGUGAACGGAGCCGACCUGACGCUGGCGACGCACGAGCAGGCGGCGACGGCGCUGAAGAACGCCGGCCACACGGUGGCGAUCGUCGCGCGUUACCGACCCGACGAGUACAACUGCUUCGAGGCGAAGAUCCACACGCUGCGCGAGCAGAUGCUGAGCACCGGCACGGGAAGCCUUCGCACGUCGCAGAAGCGGACGCUCUACGUGCGCGCGCUCUUCGACUACGACCCGGCGCGCGACAGCGGGCUGCCGAGUCGCGGCCUGCCGUUCGGCUACGGCGACAUCCUGCACGUGACGAACGCGAGCGACGACGAGUGGUGGCAGGCGCGCAAGGUGCUCGUCGACGGCGACGAGGAAGGCAUCGGCAUCAUCCCGAGCAAGAAGCGCGUGGAGCGGCGCGAGCGCUCACGCGUCAAGCAGGUGAAGUUCUCGGGAAAGGGCGGCGGCGGCAGCGGCGCGGCGUGCGGCGGGGCACGGGCUGGCCGCGGCUGCCGGGCGGCGACGAAUUCAGUCGGCACGUCGAGAAGAGAACAAGAGAAGCACUUUCUUCUCGAAGAGAGCGGCCGCGACUCGGAGCGCGCCUACACGCGGCCUGUGUCGAGUCGCUCGGCGCGCUCAAGGACCGCCGGUCCAAGCGACGACACUGCAUCACGAGUUCCGGAGCGCUUCGCAGGCUGCGUGCCGCACACGACGCCGCGACCGCGGCGCGAGUACGAGGUGGACGCGCGCGACUACCACUUUGUCGCGUCCGCUCGCGAGCAGAUGGAGCGCGACAUCCAGAACCACCUGUUCAUCGCAGGCGCGGCCAGUUACAACGACAAUGUACGGCACGAGCGUGCCGCGUCCGGCAGGCGAAGUUGCGAGAGCGGCAAGCACUGCAUCCUCGACGUGAGCGGCAACGCCAUCAAGCGCCUCCAGGUGGCGCAGCUGUACCCGAUCGCGAUCUUCAUCCGGCCGCGCUCGGCCGAGUCGCUCGCCGAGAUGCUGAAGCGCACGAACGAGGAGCAGGCGCGGCGGAUGUACGAGCGCGCGCUCAAGCUCGAGCAGGAGUUUGCCGAGUACUUCACGGCCGUCGUGACGGGCGACACGGCCGACGAGAUCUACGCGAGGGUGAAGGAGGUCAUCCGCGACCAGUCGGGGCCCAACGUCUGGGUGCCGGCGAAGGAGAGGCUCUGAUCGCUCCUACCUGAGGAAGGACUACCACUUAUCACAUCUUCCCCCGUUGUCAUGACUACUCUUAUCACAUCUUCCUCCGUUGUCAUGACUACUCUUAUCACAUCUUCCCCCGUUGUCAUGACUAGUCUUAUCACAUCUUCCUCCGUUGUCAUGACUACUCUUAUCACAUCUUCCCCCGUUGUCAUGACUAGUCUUAUCACAUCUUCCUCCGUUGUCAUGACUACUCUUAUCACAUCUUCCCCCGUUGUCAUGACUACUCUUAUCACAUCUUCCUCCGUUGUCAUGACUACUCUUAUCACAUCUUCCCCCCGUUGUCAUGACGAGAUGCCAUUCCUGUUUGGUUUCGAUGGCGAGUGGGUUGAGAGAGUAAGAGAAUGAGAGAGGGGGAAAAGAAAGAGCGAGAGAGAAGUGUAGAGAAGGUAACAGACAUAAAGACAAGCGUGAGAAAGAUAGAUGGAUAGACAAAGAGAAAAGCGUGUGUGAGAGAGGGAUAUUAUAGCUGAGGGUGCGUGCAUCGUGGUUGUCAAAGGGGCAGAUGGAUAGCGUUUAUUCAGUGUGCCCCAUUGCAGCUUUCUAACGUUUAGCAUCUAGUUUCUAGCAUUUAUUGCAGUAAGUUCUGUUAUAGGACUUCUGUGAUAUCCGACACUCUUUCCCUGCAGUGUUGAAACAUUGCGUGAUGUUGCUAUAUGCUAUGUCGAUGAGGACAGUCUGAUUGAGGCAUGCUUCAUGCGGUCUUCUUAGUGCAGCACUCGCGUUUAAGUGGGACCAGCAACACGCGUGCAUGCAACGGGAGUAGGCUUAGCUGUUGAUAAAGUUUGCUUCUUUUCCUUCACUCAUUUACACUUCUCAAUGAACUGACGCUAAGGUGAACGAGAAAGAAAUGACUGGACACUUACUGAUGUCUUUAUCGCUCUAGUCCAGAUGGGAUGAGCGUGCGUGCGUACAUUCUUGCGUGUGGGUGUGCGCGUGCAUGUUUCCAUGUAUGUGCGUGCAUGUGUCUGCGUGUGUAUUUGCGCGCGCGUGUGUGUGAGCCUGAUCCGCCUUGCAUCAAUAAUUGAGAAGAAGCUACAGCAGUUCCACCCACGGGACUGUCGUGACACAGCGCGUGUUUAUGAAUAAUGUACAGCAAGCUGCGCAGCUUCGGCAUUAGCUGGAGUCUGAGGCUGCAGCCGACGAUGUGGGAGGGACUUUUGUUUUUGUUGUCAGACUAGCUGGGCAGCUCUCUCUCUCUCGCUCUCUCUCUCUCUCUCUCUC